AUGGAACAUGUUGCCAAUGAUUAUUCGGACUCGGAUAUCAGAUAUAGUUACCUCGGCACAUUAGAUCAUUUACCAUGUGAACUUAUAAGGUCUUUACGGUUGAUGCAAACUAUCGACUUAAUCAAAGAUGAACGGGAUGAACGUGAUCUGGAAAAAGCUUCUAGAAACCUGUUGUCAGUAGCCAAUUAUAUAGACGAUUUAGUCGAUGACCAGAUUCGUUUCCUGAAAAAGCACAGGAAAGAAUUGGAAGUACAGAAACUAGUAACAAAAACUUUCAAUGCUUCGGUAGAAAAUAUCAAGUCGAAGUUGAUGCUAGAAGAACCAAGAGCGCACAAAGAAUCAAAGCUACUAUUGAAGAUCAACUUGAAAAAGGCUAAAUCAAGAGAAAGGAAAGAAAGCAUUACAAGCCCUGAAAUUGGGAUUACUCGGGAAGAUGGAACAGAGAGUAAUAAUAAUGGAGAAGAGAUUUAUUGCUUUUGCAGAAAUGUAUCUUAUGGGUCUAUGGUGGCUUGUGAUAAUUCAAACUGUCCUUUCGAGUGGUUUCACUACGGUUGUGUAGGUCUUAAGCAGGUUCCCAAGGGCAAGUGGUAUUGUAGCGAAGAUUGUAAGGAAAUAGCGAGACAGAGUUCAAAAGUAAAACGGCAGAGAAAAAAAAAGUGA